AUGAGGACAGACAUGGCUGCCCUGAGCCAGCCUGUCCAGGCCACCUACGACGCCAUCGUCAUUGGGGCUGGCAUCCAGGGCUCCUUCACUGCCUACCACCUGGCACAACGCCACCGGAACACCCUCCUGCUGGAGCAGUUCAUCCUGCCCCACUCACGAGGCAGCUCGCAUGGGCAGAGCCGCAUCAUCCGCAGUACCUAUGCCCAGGCAGUUUACGCCCGCAUGAUGCCCGACAGCUUCCGCCUCUGGCAACAGCUGGAAGCCGAGGCCAGCACCAGCCUCUACAGGCAGACGGGGCUGGUGGUGCUGGGGCCAGCAGGUGAUCCAGACCUGGAGAGCUGCCGGCGCAGCCUGGAUGGUGGUGAAGUCCUCAGUGCCACGACAUUGGCCCAGCAAUUCCCUGGCCUCCGGAUCCACGCUGGUGAGGUGGCCCUGUGGGAUGGCACUGGCGGAGUACUCUUUGCUGACCGGGCGCUGCGGGCAGUGCAGGAUGUCUUUCGCCGGCAUGGGGGCACCCUGCGGGAUGGGGAGAAGGUGCUGCGCAUUGAACCUGGGACCAUGGUCACUGUCAUCACCUCUGCUGGGGUGUACCAGGCCCCCCGGGUCAUCAUUGCAGCUGGAGCUUGGACAGGUGCCCUCGUGGCACCCCUGGGUCUCUGUCUGCCACUGCAGCCCCUGCGCAUUGAUGUCUGCUACUGGAGGAAGAAGGACCCAGGGAGCCCUGACAUGGGCAGAGCCAGUCCCUGCUUCAUCACCACAGGGCUAAGCCAAACCCCCCACAGCGUCUAUGGGCUGCCAGCCCUCGAGUACCCAGGGCUGGUCAAGGUGUGCUACCACUAUGGCAGCCCUACUGACCCUGAGGAGAGGGACCAGGCCCCCCCAGGUGCCCCUCGUCCCAGCAUUGCCCUUCUGAGCAGAUUCAUCAGCAGCUACCUGCCUGGGUUGGAGACCCAGCCAGCAGUGGUAGAGACUUGUCUCUACACGAACACCCCAGAUGAAGACUUCAUCCUGGACCGGCACCCCCAGUACAGCAACAUCAUCAUCGGGGCUGGAUUCUCAGGCCAUGGGUUCAAACUGGCACCAGUGGUGGGGAAGCUGUUGUGUGAGAUGAGCCUUGAUGAGGAGCCCUCCCACAGUGUGGCCCCCUUCGCCAUCACUCGCUUCCCUAAUGUGCUCCGGGCUGCACUGUAA